CACUGCGCUGUCGUUGUUAGAUUUGAAAACAAACACUAUAGCUAGUAAGGACUGAGUAACACAGUUGAGUGGCAUUUAUUAAGACAGUACCGUGAUAGAUAUCAUACCUUAUGAGAGAACAAGCACAUCAUAACCUUGUUCAGAAGCCUUCUUCAGAAACACCUGCUUUAAUUGAUCCAUCAAUCCAUUAUGAUAUGUGGACUCAUCAUUCUGGUAGUUCUUCUCUCCAGCCUUGCUGUUACAGUGUCUGGAGAUUUAUUAAAAGGCAAUGUAAAGUAUGCAUAUGUUGGAGAUGAUGUUAGUUUGGACUGCCCGUUUAAGCUGGGAUCGAAGCCUAAUUUAAUUCGUUGGACUUUCAUGAAAGAAGAUGAUGAUAUCAUAGUCAAAACCUACAAGAAUGGAGAAGUAAUGACUGAGUUAGAUGGUCAGAUUUUCUGCAAUAGAACUGAACUUUUUGUGAAUAAAACCGGUAGUGGAAAUGCGUGUCUCUCAGUCAAACAAGUGAAAAUUACUGACAGUGGAAGAUAUUUGUGCAGAGUCACAAAUGGCAAGCUUUCAGAAGUCACAGUUGAACUGCACGUCUCGGAGAAACCUACUGCAAAACCUGAGGAAAAAUCUUUGAAUGACAACAGUAAAGAUGCGACUGGAGUCGAUACAACGUGUGCUGUAAUUGUAGUGGUGGCUGUAACUGCAUCAGUGCUUGCGCUUGUCAUCAUUUUUAUUUGGAUAGUCAAGACAAGGAGAAAGAAAUGUGGCCAUUUACCACAACAAGAACAUAAUAUAGAUGUCAGCAGUGAACAAAAAACACCAUUUGUUUCCAGUGACAUAAAAGAUGAAGUUUUUGAAGAGUCAGAGGACAGCGCUUACUCCUCUCAUAAUAAUUCCACGAAGGAUCUGAAUAAACUAGCUUGAGCCAUCUGAAUGUGUUUCAGUGACUCUGAGAAAAGAUGAUUUAGCAUUCCACUUGAUGACCUAUUCCGCAUCCAUCAGAGCCAGCUGCACUCACCACUAAUAGCCGUGUAAUCACUUACUACUUACCUUUGUAAAUGGCAUGUGAACAGCCAGGGGAAGAUAUUUGAUAAGUCUGCAACAGAAAGAUAUGGCACGGACAACUAGUGUCAGAGAAAGAAUAUGGCUGAGUGGUUCUGCAUGUUUUUUUACUCAUCUUUGAACCAAAACUAGCAGACGGUAUUGGCUCUGUGGCUAUAGAAGCUGUUAGUCCUGACUACUGGCUUGCUGACCUGGGUUAAAUUAGUGGGCUGGGUACUGGAGCAGAUGGUCAGGGAGGAGGAGGAAUGAUGAGGUGAUGCCUGCUCGCCUCUCCUGGGGGAGCGGAGGGAGGUUGAAGGGUAUGUCUCAGGAGCUAGUCAGGAAAGCAGAGAAAAAAAUGAGGUGACGACUAAUCGCCUCUUCCUGGGUGAGGUUGAGGAAUGUGUCUCUGGAGCUGACCAGCAAGGAAGAAUAAUAACGAGUUGAUGCUUGCUUGCCUGUUCCACCAGGGAGAUUGAGGGAUAUGUCUCAGGACAAGAAUACGUGAGGUAUUAUAUCUCCUCUGGAAACAAGUGGUUUCCACACUGCAUCUAUGGCACGUGCAUGAAAUUCAGGCACUUGAUAGGGCACAAUUACCUAGUAGCUGCCCUUAUGAUGACCAUGCAAAAAUAAGCUGUCACCCAUUUGAAAAAGAAUGAACAGUGCCAGAUUAAGUGGCCAGAUAGUCACAAGCCAUAGGGAUCCCCAAAAAAUGAUGACUAGCAGAAAGUGCAGGCUUUCUUCCCCAACCAGUAACCUGGAUAACAAACAUUGCUGACCUUAGGCAUAUGCCAACUAGACGGCCACCUAGGGCGCCGCUCUAGCAGGGGCACUUUUCCAGUAUAUAUUAUUAUUUAUUAUUUUUUAUUUAUUUAUUUUUAGUAAACAAGUGGUUUAUUUAAAGUAUGUUCAAUCAAUACAGAAAAAAAAAUUAAGACUAGGACAAACUAUGAGAAAAGGGAAGAAGAAAACGAAUCUGGAUGGUGUAGGAAGACCAGGAUGAGGGCACCGGAUGAUGUGGGGUUGGGGGCGCUCUGAAGCCCUUUUGCCUAGGGCACCAGUUGAUUAAAGUCCAGCCCUGAUAACAAACACUUGGUUUAAAACUCCUGCACUGAUACUUGUACAGUGUGACAUGGUGGACCUAGCUGUGGUGCCAUCUUCUACUGGAGGUGGUGAAUCAAGUGGUCCCAAAUAUAUUUUCCAGUCAAAAGGAAAGACGUUUCUAUAGCCCUCUGUCAUAUUUCCCUCAGUCAUUAAAAAUUCUGCACUGGUCAUUGUUUUGUUUAGUACUUGUACAUUCGAUGUACAUGGAUAAGCAGAAUAAUAAGCAAGUAUGUCAGUAUGGAUCUUCACCUGGCACCAUCUUCAAGAUAUAAAAUUAUAUUACCUUGUCCUAAUGCUGUCCACUAUUUUGCAAAUGAAUGUUAUUAACUGA